AUGAUUUUCUCACGGCGCGCGAUUCCGCUCCUCGGUCUCGCCUUCUUUAUCGUCUUCCUAUACACGGUCAGCAGUCUUUCCCGGCAAUGGCGGAAUAUGCCACAGGUUGUUGGCCUGGGCGACCUGGUUGGGACCCCGUAUCCAACGGCGUCGGGCUAUGUAAACGUUUCCGGGGUGGUUGAUAAGCCGUCGAGAGAGCCUUACGCGCCUCGGCCCCAUUAUGUGCCUGGUGUUCCUAAACCUCCCGGGUCAACAUAUACUAAGGCCUUGGUGGUGCCCCAAGCUGGUCUUGAAGACACAGAAUGGAUUCAAUUUGAAAUUCCCGAGUGGCAGCCUGCCGUCUACGUGGUUGACGAUCCCUCGGCGCCUUUGCACCCUCCCAAGAACAAGGGCCAUGAGGUUAUAGUGUAUCUGAGCUAUAUUAUUGACCACUACGAUAAACUACCCGACAUUAUUGCCUUCAUGCACUCACAUCAGUUCGCUUGGCAUAAUGACGAAAUCUUCAACGGUAAUGCCGCCGAGAUGCUGCAACGUCUAAACCCCGCGCGGGUGGUCCGAGAAGGGUUCAUGAACUUGCGUUGUACAUGGGCACCUGGCUGUCCUGAUUGGCUACAUCCAGGCACAUUGGAAGCAGACGAACAGAAGCAAGAAGAAACCAUGCUGGCCAGGUCGUGGGGCGAAAUCUUCCCGGAUGACCCAAUUCCCGAUGUCCUCGCACAGCCAUGCUGUGCCCAAUUUGUCGUUUCGCGCGAGCGCAUUCUCGCUAUCCCGAAAGCGCGCUUCGUUUACUAUCGUGACUGGAUUCUUCGAACGGAACUGAGUGACUAUAUCUCUGGCCGAAUCUGGGAAUAUCUGUGGCAUGUCGUGUUUACGGGUCAAAAUGUCGUCUGUCCCAAGGAGCACGUCUGUUAUUGCGAUGGCUACGGAAUUUGCUUUGGCGGCGAGGAGGAAUACGACAAAUUCCGAAAAUUACAUUCGGAGAAGGGAGAGUUGGAGGAAGACCUCAAGGCCUGGCGCGGAGAUGCAGAGGCCAUCGAAAUCGAGCGAAUCGUAGGCACCCUAGGCGAACAAAGCCACGUCUCAGUGCCCGAUCCGGGCAGAGAUACUGAGCUGGAGCAGCUAAUUGUCGAAAAGGAACGGACAAUCGAGGAGAUGCUACGCAACGCCACAAAGCGCGGAGAGGACCCAAGAGCGAGAGCGUUAGAGGCAGGCAGACUAUGGAGGGAAGGAGAUGGGUUCUAA